AGAAAUUAAGAAAACACAAAAUGGCUCAAGAAAAUGGAGAAAAACCAGCUGUGGCUGCAGAAAGCAACAACCAGCAAUUAGUAGGGAAAAAUAACAACACAAGUAAUUAUAAGCCUAAAGAUUAUUAUAAUUGGGUGAUUGCAUUGUUGAGGUUAUUGGCAUUUGGUGCAACAAUUUCAGCAACAUUAGUUAUGGCACUUAACAAGCAAAAGAAAACUUUUGUUGUUGCUACAAUUGGUACCACUCCUAUUCAAGCCACCCUCACUGCUAAGUUCCAGCACACUCCUGCUUUUGUGUUCUUUGUGAUAGCAAACGGACUGUGCAGUCUCCAUAACUUGCUCAUGUUAGCAGCUUGUUUUAUUGGAAGCAAAUAUGAUUUCAAGGGACUUCGUUUUUAUGUGAUUGGUGUCCUAGACAUGAUGAAUGUGGCACUAGUAUCUGGUGGAGCAAGUGCAGCAGCUUUUAUGGGGCAGCUUGGUAAAGAUGGGAAUUCUCAUGCAAGAUGGAAGAAAAUCUGUGAUAAAUUUGAUGUAUACUGCAGCCAUGGGGAAGGAGCCAUUAUUGUUUCUUUUAUUGGUUUGCUCCUUAUGAUCAUAACAACUGCCAUUACUAUAAUUAAACUUAAAAACAUCCAAUAUUCUGGCAGAUGUGCCAUUAUUCCUUGAUCCAGAAGCACCAUGUCAUUUUAUAACAAUCUUUCUGUAUAUGGUUUUCGGGCUUAAUUGUACCGUGUGUUUCGCUUUUGCCUAUUAGAACAUUUAUUACUGUUACAAUUAUAAUGAAGUUUUCGUAUUGACUUUGAUAUUCACAUA